GGAACGCGCAGUGGGUGACGGCCGCGGUGGGGAUGGCGAUCCCGGGGGCCCGCCGCGCCUGCUGAGGGGAGCACAGACGCCCCGUUAUGAUCAUUAUCUUCAGAUGAAUAGCCUUGGUUGGCUGGAAUGAGCACACAAUAAUGAGCGGUGCAGCUUUGGGACUUGAGAUUGUUUUUGUCUUUUUUCUGGCUUUAUUAAUACUUCAUCGAUAUGGAGACUUUAAGAAACAGCAUAGACUUGUUAUUGUAGCAACACUACUUGCUUGGUAUCUCUGCUUUCUCAUAGUCUUCAUCUUGCCCCUGGAUGUUAGUACGACAAUAUAUAACCGAUGUAAACAAGCUACCAACUCUAGCCCUUUGGAAAAUAACAACGUAACCGGAUCUUACUCUGCAGCCGUUCCUGUUACAGGAAAACAUCCGUGUUUCAAGCCAUGGAGCUAUAUCCCUGAUGGAAUAAUGCCAAUUUUCUGGCGUGUUGUAUAUUGGACAUCACAAUUUUUAACAUGGAUCCUGUUACCUUUUAUGCAAUCAUAUGCAAGAUCAGGAGGAUUUUCCAUUACUGGAAAGAUCAAAACAGCACUGAUUGAGAAUGCAAUUUAUUAUGGCACCUAUUUGCUGAUUUUUGGAGCAUUUUUAAUUUAUGUGGCUGUAAAUCCAAAUUUGCACUUAGAAUGGAAUCAGCUUCAGACAAUUGGAAUAGCUGCUGCCAAUACAUGGGGCCUGUUUCUCCUUGUUUUAUUGUUGGGGUAUGGCUUGGUGGAAAUUCCUCGGUCCCAUUGGAAUGGAGCUAAGAGAGGGUACCUACUCAUGAAGACAUAUUUCAAGGCUGCCAAACUGAUGACUGAGAAAGCAGAUGCCGAAGAGAAUUUAGAGGAUAUAAUGGAAGAGGUUCGAAAAGUGAAUGAAAGCAUAAAGUAUAACCACCCUUUGAGAAAAUGUGUUGAUACGAUAUUAAAAAAGUGUCCUACAGAAUACCAAGAAAAAAUGGGUAGGAACAUGGAUGACUAUGAAGACUUUGAUGAAAAACAUAAUACUUACCCAAGUGAGAAAAGUUUGGUUAAACUUCAUAAACAGGUCAUUUAUUCAGUUCAGAGGCACCGUCGUACACAAGUUCAGUGGCGAAUUCUUUUGGAACAAGCAUUUUAUCUUGAAGAUGUGGCAAAAAAUGAAACUAGUGCUACCCGCCAGUUUGUUCAUACUUUUCAACCACGAGAGCCAGAAAACAGAUUCAUCCAGUAUUUCUAUACCCCCACAGUUGAAUGGUACUGGGAAUGUCUGUUGAGGCCCUGGUUUUACAGGAUACUUGCUGUUGUUUUGGCCGUCUUCUCCGUGAUUGUCGUGUGGUCAGAAUGCACAUUCUUUAGCACUAAACCUGUCUUAUCCCUAUUUGCAGUCUUCAUACAACUAGCAGAAAGAACAUACAAUUAUAUAUAUAUUGAGAUUGCAUGUUUUCUUUCCAUCUUCUUCUUAAGUAUCUGUGUUUAUUCUACUGUCUUCAGGAUCCGUGUAUUUAACUACUAUUAUUUAGCAUCACAUCACCAGACUGAUGCUUACAGUCUUCUCUUUAGUGGCAUGUUAUUCUGUCGUUUGACUCCCCCUUUGUGUCUAAAUUUUUUGGGCUUGACACACAUGGAUUCAACAAUCUCUCACCAGGAUACUCAACCAACCGCUUAUACAUCAAUUAUGGGUUCCAUGAAAGUACUAUCUUUUAUUGCUGAUGGAUUCUAUAUUUAUUAUCCUAUGUUGGUUGUUAUUCUCUGUAUUGCGACUUAUUUUAGUUUAGGAACACGUUGUCUGAAUCUGCUAGGUUUUCAGCAGUUCAUGGGAGAUAAUGAUAUGACAUCUGACUUAGUUGAUGAAGGAAAAGAGCUAAUUAGGCGAGAGAAAAGAAAGAGGCAAAGGCAAGAAGAAGGUGAAAAUCGAAGAAGAGAAUGGAAAGAGCGUUAUGGAAACAAUCGAGAAGAUUCCACCAGGAAUAGAAAUGUUCACACUGACCCGAAAGAGUCAAACUACUCCGAAAUCAGUACUAACAGACCAGUAUCUAAGUAUACAAGAUCUAAUAAUCGGACUGAAAGAGAUAGAAUUGAAUUACUUCAGGAUGCAGAACCUCUUGAUUUUAAUGCAGAAACGUUCACUGAUGAUCCUCUUGAAUCUGAAUCAGGAAGGUAUCAGCCUGGUGGAAGAUAUCUAUCAAUGUCUCGAAGCAAAAUAUUUGAUGACGUCUAAAGCUUGAAAAUAUUUAGGAGACGAUUAACUGUUAGAAGUCUGCAUGUCCAAGUUGUUUUUCAUGUUGUAAAGUAUUUGUAACAUUGGUGUGCCCUCAGAACUUGCUUUCUAUUGUGGAAGAAAAAAAGUCAAGUUAGGGUUAAAAAAUAAUACAGAACUUACAGCUUGUAUAAUAAUUUAUUUCUCAUCAAGUAGUAGAGUACCAUAUUCUCACAGGAUUUAUUACAUAUGAUGCAACUUUUUAAUGUGUUCUCAGUGGAUAAUGGGAAUGUCCAUUUAAUUCAUAUUAAAAAUCAGUCCAUGCAAAAACAUUUGUGUGUUUCAGGUUGGUUGAAAUGAAUCUUUUUCUCUGAAAGGUAGUUUAAAAAUAAUAAGUAAUAUGUAACACAUCUGUAGAACACUACAGUUCUUCUUGUCAUUUGUAGCAUAUAUUUUGUUAUUUAAAAAGAAGAUAUUUUGUCAGCAUUUUUCAAGGAUAGAUAAUUGAAUGGAGAAAUCAAAUGGUGAUUAUAUUCACAGACCUCAUAUCUUAGAACAUAAGGCUUAUCCAUGAUUCACAAGAGCACAGUAAUCUGCUUUAACUUUAUAUGCAAAUAAAUGUGUUUUGCAUGUAUAAUUAUUUUAAUUGGCAACAUUAGUACUUUUUUUGCAUGUGUGAUAAUCAAGUGGUCUUUCCUUUUUAAGUUUUUGAUAGUAGCUGGAAAUCUUUGUAUUUUUUUUUUGUACAGUUUUAAUUUGAUGGAGAUGAGUUUAAAUUUUCCAAUUCAGUGCUUUUUUGUAUUCUUAACUCCUGAGCCUUCUGUUCAAGGAAAAGUAUGUGCGUUAAUGGCAACUAUUUUUGAUAUCCAAAGAACAUGAAAAAGAGAUCCGAGAUUUUAACAUGUGCCUGUGUAACCAGUAAAGCUUUUACAAAAGACACAUGCUCUUUCCAUUCAAAGAAAAAAAAACUAAUACAAAAGAUGCUGUAGAUUAGGACUUACAUUGUGGUUUAUAAAAUGUAUCAAACCAAAAUAGAUUGUAAAUAAUUUAUUGGGUAAAUAUGCUCAUUUAAAAAAAAUUGUUUUGGUUUCGUGUUUAAGCCAAAGUUGUGUUAGUUUUUAAGUCACCAUCUUUAUUUUGCAAAGUGAAUAUGAAUGAGUGAAAUCCUUGAAAUAUUUUCCACUCCUUACACAAUUUAGUAGGUUAUAUAUUUUUAGAAAAGUGAACUUUGCCCAAGUCAUAUUUCAAAAAAGCUUAAUUUUAAAAAAAUUAGUAUUAUGUAAUUUUAUAAAUUUAGUAUGAUGUAAGUACUCAAAGGAUUAUGGUUAACCCUGUUAUCUAGUUAUUUUUAGUCAGUUUCUAAAAAGAGUGAAAUUGAGUACAUUCAGACUAAAUAAUAAUGGGAAGGUGUGCCAUACUAUAUUGAAGUAGUUUUAGGGGGUACUCUUUUUUUGAGUCACAUUCUUCCCUUUGCAAAGUGUGGUUGGUCCUAGAGCGGUAAGCAGGAAAUAAUGAUGCUUUGGUACUGAAUGUAGUGCCACCAUGGAUUUUCCUUGGGCAAGUUGUAACCUCUCAGUGCCUCGGUUUCUUCAUUUUACAUAAUGAAGAUAUUUCUAUGUAUCUACCUACCUCGCAAGGAUAAUGUGAGGAUAUUAGAUUAACAUUUAUAAUACUUCAAGUCAAAGAACUGUAGCUGUCCUUUUAUCAUCAUCAUCAUCCUUAUAAGUUAUACUUGAAAGUAUUGGGUAGAAAAAAUGUUCUUCACGAAAUGGACUCUCUUGUUUCCUUAUUCUUGUGUAGAAACUGACACACCUCUCUGGCAAGACCUGUAGAUAUAAUGUGGUUUUUUUUUUCCAUCUAUGUGAAAAUAACUUGGUUAUUAUUGCUAAUGUUUUCUAUCAUGUGGCUUUACUUUGGAAAUUUUCCCUUAAAUGUAGUGGUAUUUCUUUUCAGGUUUUCUCAUGAACUCCAAAUGGCAGUGUAGACAGAGACAAAGGGGAAAAAAAAUGGGGUUUUGGUUCUCCCACCACCACCCCCACACACACUACAUUGUAUUUUCUAAUAUCUGUGGUCAAAGGAGCAUCACUGUGAAACCUUAAAGACAAAGAGGAGACAGUGUGGUGUUGCACAAAGAACACUUCCAGACCUAGUCCCAGUUCUGCCAGCUAACUAGCUGUAUGACACUGAGCAAGUCACCUGAGUCAUAAUCAAUGCUUGUUUAUUGACUUCCCUUUCUCAGCCUCUGUUUCAUUAGCUUUAAAUCAGAGUGGUAGUACUAGAAGAUCUUUAUUUUGGUUCUAUGGAGACCUAUUCCUAAUCUUGACUUGGAAUUCCAUUACCAAAUGAAUACCUCCUCUCCUCUCCUACUACUGGUAUACAAAAAGGCACUUAAUAAACAACAGUGAUUAAUCAGAGCUAAAUUAAGCUUUUCAAGGGUUGCCUUUGACAAAGAAUUUCCCAUUUUAGUUAGGAAAAUUAAGAAAUAUAGAGCAUAGAAUUAAAUGCUGAUAAUAAUAAAUAUUAGGAUUAUAUGUAAUUUGGUACAUUUGGUCAAAUUGUCAGUACCAAAAUCUGAGUCACGUGUGAUCUUCCUUGUUUUAUUGCACCAUAAUGGGAAGUUCUUGAAAAGUUAAUAUAUAGAAGAAAAUAUUUUUUUAAAACCACUCUACUAUAAUGUAAUUCAGACUGUUAAAUAGUUUCUGAUUUUUAUUUGAUUAUGCCUCAGAUUCAGAAAGUAGUUAUAGGAGCAAAAAUUGGCAAAAAGCUGUUCUUCAGCCUCCCUAUCAGAAUGUAAGAGGUCUUCAUAAACUUGAAUCCCUAAAUCCCACUUAAAUGAUAAUCAUAGUAAUAGAUUAUAUUUUAUUAAACCUCAGAUGUUAAGAGGUGAUUUGGUUUUCUGAGGCUUACCCUACAACAUCAUUUUUUAAAACUGUACUGCUAGUAUUUUUUUUUUAAAUCUUUAUAUUAUCUUUGUCCUGCUUACUUAGAGAUGAUUGUUUUAGAAAUUAUGUUCAGAACAUUGAAGAUUAUAGAAAGAGCUGGGUUCUGGCUUCCAGUUCCACUAUUUGAAAUAGAAAAGGUACAUUACACUAUUGGAUGACAUUGUGCUACAUGACAAAACUGAAUGUUAUUUAGGCACUUUAAUGUGGAUUUCUUCAGGCCACUAGGUUACUACCAUAAAAUAUGAUUGUUAAACUAUAUUAUUUGAACAAAAAUGCUUGGCUUACAAAUAAAGAAAAUGGUAAUAUUUGGAUGAUAAUUUUGAGCCUUUUAGUUACAGUAAUAAUGCUUCUAUUUGCAAAAAGAAUGCUUUCUAAUGAUAUUCUCUUCUUAAUCAGAAAUGUCAUUACCAAAAAUAAAAACAUCUGUGAUAUAGGAAAACACAUUUCAGGGUCCAGAUUCCCUGUCUGCAACUGGUCACUCUUCCACUGAUGCCCAGAAUGAAGAGUAAUUCUGCCUCUCUUGAAACUGUCUCUGGCCAACUGAUAGACCAUAAUACACCAAAGACAGGGUGGCUCCUCCAUGCUUUCUGGAUGUAGGUCUCGGGACCCUUUCUUCAGAAGUAUCUGGAUACUGGUCUUUCCUUGAGUGGUUGACACCUGAGAUUAUUCCAGUGCCCCCAGGGAGCCAGUGCUGAAGAGGCUUAAACUUUCCCAUAACUCAUUCCAUGCUCAAAAAGCUCUGUUCCCAGAGAAUUUGUUAAUUUAGAUAUCAGUAUGAUUUUUAUUUUAUUUUCAGGCAUGUCUGGUUUAUUAAUAAAAAGGAAAAUAAGGAACACUGCCAUGUUUUCUCUCUCAUUCUAAAAGAGUAUAUUUUAUUUUCAGUAAAAUUCUUAGGUUAAAUAGUUAAUAUAUUUAUCUUGAAAAUUCUCUUUUAUGCAAUGAUCCAGUAAAGUAGAACUUGAUCAUAUUUUUUGCAUGUGUUUAGAAGUGCUUUACUUUUGCAGGACUGAGCAUUUUUGGAAGUUAUUGUGCAGCACGAGUUAAUUGUGGUGGUGUUCUUCUCACUGUGGCCACCUAACGUUCCAUAUUUAUCAGUAUGACACUAUCCAAUGUCUUUGACAUUUAGCAUGUUAGGUUUAGGUUUUUAUGGUGAUUAUUUCUCAGUGAAACAAUGGAUUUGCUUCUGACCACAUUGAAAAGUGGUAUGGAAAUAAGGAUUUUUCUGGUUUGAAAAGUACAAGCAAAAUGCUGCACAUUUGAAGGCUGGGGAUGUAUAGAGUUGCCUUUUAAUUUCCUGCAGUCAGAUUUACACUUAUAAAUUAUAUAAUGACAAAAGUGCUCUCACAUUGAUGCUUUUAUUUCUAGCAUUUAAUUGUUCUAUUCCAUUUUUGUAAAUAACAGUAUUUUGUUGUUUUCAAAUGAGAUUUUGAAAUCAUUUGACUCCUUCCCCACAGCAGUGUUCUGCCAUUGUUAAUUGUACCUCUAGCCUAUCAGUUGUAGUAAAUUAAGAGACUCCCUCCAUUCUUCAGUCCUUUUUUAGGUUUACCAAAAUAUGCUGGGAAUCUAACGUCUUGAAUGAACUAUGUUGGUUUUACUUUUUGUAUUUUAAUUUGAACAUAUGAAAAUCAAAUAAACUAUUAGUUUAUUCCUUCCAAUCUGUAAAUUAACAGAUGUGUCUGAGCACAUAAUUUGUCAGUAGGUUAGCUAUGAUUUGUGUGCACAAUGCCAAUGUUAUCUUCAGUCAGCUAUUAAUUACUACAUAAAAUUCAGUGACAGACUAUCUCUCGCCUGAUACUUCUUUUAUUUUACUAGUUUCAUAUGAUCUGAAAAUUUGUUGGUUGGAAGUUUUACCUAUUUGUGUAAUUUCUGUGCUGUAAAACUUUAGUGUAUAUUCGAUUUGUAUUUAGAAAAGACUGUAUUAGUGCUGUUUCUCAGCAGAGUAGCAAUCUUUUGCCUUAUCUCUGCAUAAUAGCCUUCCAUUUUGGUUAUGGCAUACAAUAAAAUCAGUUUUUUUUUCCUGUACUAUGUUAAAUUAUUGGUGAUGUAACAGUUUUUUACAAGAAUGUAUAUUUGAUCAACUGUUAAAAUAUAGGCAAUUGUAGACUUGCACGAAAUAAAAUCCUUUUCUAAAAU